AUGAGCUCUCUCCGCUUCGCUCGCUCUGCCCUCCGGGCCCGUCCCUCUGCCUUCCGCGUUCCUCUCCAGCGCAGAGGUUACGCCGAGGCUGUGAACGACAAGAUCAAGCUUUCCCUGGCCCUUCCUCACCAGACUAUCUUCAAGUCCACCGGCGUUGUCCAGGUCAACAUCCCCGCCGAGUCCGGAGAGAUGGGUGUUCUCGCCAACCACGUUCCCUCCAUUGAGCAGCUCAAGCCCGGUCUUGUUGAGGUCGUUGAGGAGGGCGGUGCUACCAAGAAGUUCUUCCUCUCCGGUGGAUUCGCCGUUGUCCAGCCCGACUCCCAGUUGAGCAUCAACGCUGUUGAAGGUUUCCCUCUUGAGGACUUCAGCUCCGACGCCGUCAAGAACCAGAUCGCCGAGGCCCAGAAGAUUGCCAGCGGCAGCGGCAGUGAGCAGGAUAUCGCUGAGGCUAAGAUUGAGCUCGAGGUGCUCGAGACCCUCCAGGCUCACCUCAAAUAA